AUGCGCGCCGACGCCACCUUCGCCCUGCUCGCCCAGGUCCUCGCCGUCCAGGGCGUGCGCAUCAUCCAGUCCAACGACGAUGGCUGGGCCGACCUCUACCUCCGCUCCUUCAACGACGCGCUGAGGACUUCGGGCCAUGACGUGCUCCUCUCCGCCCCGGCCGAGGACAAGUCCGCCACCAGCUCCCUCGACAUCGAACCCAGCCCGCGUGACAGCCCCUGCCAGUACAACAGCUGCGCCGCCAACAGCGGCCCCGUCGGCUUCAACGAGACCCGCAAGGACCUCCGCUGGGUCAACUCGUUCCCCGUCACCUCGAUGCGCUACGGCAUCGAGCAGUUCGCCCCGGAGCAAUGGGACGGCGCCGCCCCCGAGCUCGCCGUCUCCGGCCCCAACGUCGGCCCCAACCUCUGGCUGCAGGUCCCCUUCUCCAGCACCAUCGGCACCGCCGUCUACGCCUCCGGCACCAAGGGCAUCCCCGCCAUCGCCUUCUCGGGUUUCUCCAUGGGCGCCCUCCCCUGGAACACGAGCCCCGUGCCCACGCGCAGCACCGUCUACGCCGAGCUCGCGGCGCGCCUCGUCGACAAGAUCGUCGCCGGCGGCGCGCCCUACCUCCCCGCCAAGACCUGGCUCAACGUCAACUUCCCCCUGGUCACCGACACGGAGUGCAACGACCCGGACCAGUUCAAGUGGGUGCUCAGCCGCAUCAACCCGGGCCUCCUCUCGGACCCGGACGUCGCCACCUGCGGCUCCGACGACAGGCUGCCCGAGGAGACCAAGGUCGUCCUCACCGCCGGGUGCUACAUCUCCAUCAGCGUCGGCAACUCCGACGACAAGACGACGGCGUCCAAGGAGAAGCAGCAGCCGGUUCUGGACAGGCUCCGCGACUUCCUGUCCUGCCUGCCGUAG